ACAUCGGCUUACCUACCUACCUACGUACCUACCAACCAACUAUUUAUGAAAGAUUGUACUACUUAAACGGAUUUAAAAUGUGAUAUAUAUUCUUAUGUCGUUAAUCAUUGUGAACUAAUUCUAAUGAAUUAUUUGGGUCGUUUAAUUUCAAGUGCUCAUCAAUAUUAUAAAAGUAUUAAUGUAGCUAAUUUAACUGGUGCUAUUGAUGUGAUUGUUGUAAAAAAUAAAAAUGGUGAAUAUCAAAGUACACCAUUUUAUGUAAGAUUUGGAAAAAUGGGAGUGUUAUAUCCACAAUCACAUGUGGUUGAUGUGUGUAUUAAUGGACAGCCAAGACCAGAUAUAUGCAUGCAUGUUGAACCGACAGGUUAUGCUUAUUUCGAUAAUGAGGAAUGUAAACUUAAAACGGAAGAUAAAGAAGUGUUACUUAGAAGCAAUGAAGAAUUACAAACUUGGACACGAAAUGAGAAUGAUCAUAUUGAUUGUGUUACAAAUGAAUCAAAUAGUGAACAAUUGGAAAAUGUUUUUGAAAUAGAUAUUCAAGUUAUUCCAAAUGGUGACAAUUCAAAACCCAUAAAUAACUCGUCUGAAUUCCAAUCAAAAUCCACAGACGUUAUUCCAACUAUUGACAAAGGAAGUUCAUCAGAUAAUAUUGAAGAACUGGAUAAAGAAAAUACAGAAAAGGUCACCCUAAAAGAUUUAAUUCAAUAUCUUCAAGAUACAAAUCAUUGGCCAAAUGAAUUUUAUAUUUAUCGUCUCUUAAAUAAAUCUAAUCCUAUUAAUAAUCAAUUAAAUAAAGAUAACUUGGAUAAUAAAACUACACAAUUAAACAUGUAUCCAAGUAAUCCAUUCAAUAAUGUACAAAAAAAUCAAUCAACACGUUCUAAAUUUUUUCGUAAGAAAUCAUCUAUCAAUUGUGAAUUAUUAUAUCCGGAAGAUUUUCUUAAAUUAGAUACUGAUAAAGUACCAUUCAAUUCUAUAUGGAUUGUAUGGUCUGAUAAAUGUAUGUUAGCUGAAACAGCUGCUUUAAUAUUAUUGAAACAUUUAUCACAGACUGAAAAAAAUAUUCGGUUAGAAAAAGAUGCUUUACAUCCAGCAUAUAAUAUUAUACUUCAACAACAUAAACGCGAUCGUGGCUCAGAAUUCCCAUUGAUGAAUUCAUCAUUUAAUGAAACAACUGAUGAUUAUGAGACAGAAAUACAAACUAAUCAAUCGAAUACAAUCAACACUAAUAGUACUAGUGGUUGGUUAUGGUGGAGAAAACGAAAACAAACUAAUCCAAGUGAUAUUAGUUCAGAUUCUGGUUCACAAGAUUUAACUUAUCAAGAUUUAUCACAUCAACAUUCUUCUGUACAAUCAAUGCUAGCUCCAAUUGAUCUUGGUAUAUCAAGUCCAGUUUUAAUGCAAGAAGAAUUUGAUCAAGAGAAUUAUGAACGUCCUUACAAUCUGCCUAAAAGUGAAUUGUUAAGUGUACCAACUACUGCUAAAAUUCCUUUACAUUCUUCAGCAAUCGAUGUAAGAUGUAGUAAAACACCAGAUCCUUCACAGACAUCAUCUCCUGAAGAGGCAGGAUAUUUUUCGGAUGAUAAUCAAAGUAAUAAUGCUUAUCAUAAAAAAACAACUGCUAAUAUUGAGUCGAGAAGUUCAAUUCAACAAGCAAAUCGUUUAACAUCUCAACAGCUUAAAAGCCUUAAUUUACACAAAGGUGCAAAUGAAGCGGUUUUUUCUGUUGUCAGUAAAUAUCAAGGUACUUGUCAAUGUGCUUGUUUUAUAUAUCUAUGGGAUUGGUCUGAUAAAAUUGUAAUAUCAGAUAUUGAUGGAACAAUAACAAAAUCAGAUUGGUUAGGACAAUUGAUGCCAUUGGUUGGAAUGGAUUGGACUCAUCAUAAUAUAGCUCAAUUAUACAAUAAAAUAGCUAAUAAUGGAUAUAAAUUUAUUUAUUUAUCUUCUCGUCCUAUUGGUCAAGCUAGAGCAACAAGGAAAUUUCUUUAUACCAUUCAACAAGAUAAUUAUCGUCUACCAGAUGGUCCAAUACUUUUAUCACCAUUUUCUGUUCUCGAAGCAUUCCGCAAGUAAGUAAUCGAAUUUAUCGUAUGCAUUUUCAAAUAUGCGUAUAUAGAUUUUCAAACUAAGACGUAGGCUCAGUUUAUGAAGCCAUUGACUGUCGAGUUAACCCUAUGCAGUUGGGUGCAGAUUAUCUAAUUGGGUUCCUGACGAUUAUCAUAGCCAAUGUUUAGUGAUGUUGGGUGACAUGGUUUGGAGUUGGUCACAAUUACAUAAAUGCAUUCAUUCUCUUACAUCUUGAGUCUUAAAAUUCGUCAUCUUGUUUUUUUUAUUCCACCAAUUCAUUCCUCUCAAAUCAUAUUGUUUACAGCAAAAAUUUUCUACUGACAACAAUACUGUUACUACUUCUACUACACUUGUAUUUGUCUUGAUAAUUUAAUGUCACUGUGCCAAAUGUGGUGUGGCAAUUUGAACAGAUACAUAUAUGUUCCCGAUUCUGUUUUCCGUAUGUCAGGCUGAUUGGUAGGUUGUUUGUUGUAAGAUUUCAAAGUUUUUCAGUAUGCUGUCUCAGUUUAUAAAUAAAAGUUAACUAACAUAUACCACAUGUAUUAGUCAAUACAAAGUAUGAUAUACUCGUGGAUGCGCACUGCUGAGGAGUCCCAUACUAGGACGAAACGGCGGUCCAGUGCUUCCAGGUUUUCCAUGAUGGUCUAGCUUCAACUGACUCAUGAUUUCAAUCUGUGAAAUUUCUAUUAAUAAACAUUGUUUUUAUAAUUGUUUUCAGAGAAGUAAUUGCAAAACGAGCAGAUGAAUAUAAAAUUGAAUGUCUUCGUGAAGUAUGCAAUUUAUUUAUUGGUGAUAAACUUAAUCAUCAAAAUGAAGAUGAAGAAGAUAGUAUUCCAUUUAUAGCUGGAUUUGGAAAUCGACCAACAGAUAUAGCAACUUAUAAAGCAAUUGGUUUACAUGAUCAUCAAAUAUAUACAGUUGAUUAUUUAGGUAAUGUAAUAUGUGGUGAUCCAGGUG